GCAGAUGCCACAAAGGAAACUAAUCUCCACUAACUGAAUGGUCAUCAAGGAUGUGAACUCUGCUCUUUUUUUCUAGCUGGGUGAAAAGUUUAACAGCGUGGGCUUGCACCUCCUUUGGUUUUCAUGAUGGCAGCAACUAGUGGAGAAAGCCAGCUACAGAGGAUUAUCAGAGAUUUGCAAGAUGCUGUGACAGAGUUAAGCAAAGAAUUUCAAGAAGGAGGGGAACCAAUCACCGAUGACAGCAUCAGUUUGCAAAAGUUUUCCUACAAGCUUGAGUACCUUUUACAGUUUGACCAGAAAGAAAAGACCACACUGCUGGGGAACAGAAAAGACUACUGGGAUUACUUCUGCGACUGUCUGGCUAAAGUCAAAGGAGCUAAUGAUGGGAUCCGCUUUGUUAAGUCUAUUUCAGAGCUCAGAACAUCUCUUGGUAAAGGAAGAGCAUUUAUACGUUACUCCUUAGUACACCAAAGGCUGGCAGACACCUUGCAACAAUGUUUUAUGAAUACCAAAGUAACAAGUGACUGGUACUAUGCAAGAAGUCCAUUUCUGAAGUCUAAAAUGAGUUCUGACAUUGUGGGUCAACUCUAUGAGUUAACUGAGGUUCAGUUUGACUUGGCAUCAAGAGGGCAUGACUUAGAUGCUGCUUGGCCAACAUUUGCCAGGAGGACAUUGUCCUCACAUGGCUCUUCAGCAUAUUUGUGGAAGCCUCCAAGUCGCAGUUCAAGCAUAAGUAGUUUAGUGAGCAACUAUUUGCAGACACAAGAGUUUCCAGGUAGCCCUGAUGCAAAUAACUCACUAAAUGCUGAACACGUGGAGGGCUUUGAAGAGAUGCGUGUGGAACUUGACCAGGGAGAGCUGAGGCAGAGGGAGCUGCAGGACCGGAUUAAUCAGCUAGAGAAGGAAAACCAGGAGCUGCAGGCAGCCGUCAGCCUUCAGAAAGAACAAGCGCAAGUAGAAAAGGAAAAGAGCAGCAACUUCAGAGAGGAGAACUCCAGACUGACAAAGACGAUAGCGGAGUUACAGAAACAGUGUGAGGUUUCCCACUCCACUCAGAGCACUGUUCAUGACCUACAAAAAUGUGUGCAGGCAUUAGAAGUGAAUGCAGCCGAGCAGCAAAAGGAAUACCACACAAGGCUUGAGCAAAUGGAGUCGAGUAAGAAGGACUAUGCCUCAGAACUGCAGCUCUUGAAUCAGGAGCUGGAAACCACCAGGGCUUCGGUCAGCAUGAAGGAUCUCCGCAUCAGUGAGCUCCAGACCAAGCUAAGUUCAACAGAGCAGCAGAAUCUAGAGCUCAUUGCAAAAGUCGAUGCCGUCUUGGAUGAAAAAGGACAACAAACCUCCACCCAGUAUGAGACUACCCUAAAGAUCCAGGAAUUGCUGGAGAAACUUCACCAGGCAGAAAAGGAAAAAGCUGACAUCCAGAAACUAAAUAACGAACUUCUGUCUCAGGUAAAGACAGCGAGAGAGGAACUGCAGCUGAAAGAGGGGGCACAGAAAGAACUGGAAUCCAGAUUUAGUUGCCUCGCCACGGACUCCAAAAAAGAGAGUGAAAAACUGCUCAUGAGCCUGGAAAUGAUGGCAAAGGAAAUGGAUACAGUUCAGGAGGCGCUGACUGUGAAAGGAAAGGAGGUGGCUGAACUCCAGAUCCAGCUGAAGGGCUCACUGGCUCGUGUGGGGUCGCUGGAAAAAAAUCUUGAAGAGACCAGAAGAGCAAAAGAGAACCUUCAGGAAGAGUGCAGCUGCAGGGAAGCUGUGCUGAAGCAGGAAGCCAGAACCUUGGCAGAGCAGCUUGAGCUGCGGAAGGAUCAUUUAUCAAAGCUGAGUCAGAACGUGCACAGCCUAGAGGAGCAAAACCAAAAACUCCUCUCCAGCAACGAUCACCUCCUCCAGAAGGUAAAGGACAUGGAGGAGCUCGCAGGACAGCAAAGCUUGGCACUGAACGAAAUUGGUGAAGAAAGCAAGAAACUGAAAUCUGAGAAUGCAAAUCUGCACCAAACCGAGGAGAAGAUGAAAGAGAAGCAGAAAAACCUGGAGGCAUCUAAAGCCUCUUUGGAAGCUGAGCUGGCCAGGCUGAGGGCAUCGGAGAAACAGCUCCAGAGUCAGAUUGACGAUGCCAUGGUGUCGGUGGAUGAAAAAGAAAAAAAGCUCCGGGAGCAGAACAAACAGUUGCAUGAAGACUUGCAGAAUGUCACAAGGCAAAAUCAGAUCCUGGAAGAGAGGCUACAGUCUCUGCAUUCUGAAUACCAAGAACUGAGGCAAAGAGAAGAUACCAUCAAGGAGUCUUUAGCUGAAUUGCAAACAGAGCACAAGAGUGCCAAACAGCAUGGUUUACGGAUGGAAAAGAUUCUGUUUUCCUUGAAGGAAUGUGAAGAGUCUCUUAGGUCACAGGUUACAGAGAAAGAUGUGACACUGCAAGGCAUAGAGAGCCAAUGCAAGCAGCUACAGGCAGAAAUUGAGAUGUACCGAAAAAAAGCGGAGUCUCUUGAGGUGGAAAAGCUAAGUAUGGAAAAAACAUGCCUUCAUCAAAUAAAAUUGAUUGAAUCCCUUACUGGAGAGAAGGAUUCAGUGGAGAAGGCCCAGCUGGAGCAGGCAGCAUGUCAGGAGAAAGAGGCACAAGAGUUGGCUUCCAGGCUAGCCGUGUCUGAAAAGCAGCUGCACAUCAACCAGAGUGAAGUGUCCAGGUUGCAGGCAGAAGUGAUUGACCUUCGAGCCAAGCUUCAGCAGACAGCUGAUGAGAGAGAGAGGGUGCAAGGCAAGCUGGAUGUCACAGAGGCAGUUUUGGGGGAACAAAAGACACUGGUCCAGCAGCUGAAAGAGCAGAGUGAGUCACUCAACAGCAACCACGUGCAAGAGCUGGUACAGUGUAAAGAAAGAGAGGAAACUCUGAAAAAAGAGCGGGAAAGGGAAGCCCAUCAAAAGGCUGAGCUGGAGAAGAAUGUGCUGAGUCUCAGGGAAGAGCUGUCCAACAUUAAGCAGUAUUUGGAGACUGUUAAAAUGGAAAAUGUAGAAACCAAUGACCUGCUCCACAGAACCAACACUGACAUGGCUGAACUUGGUAUUCAGAUCUGUACCUUGACCUCUGAGAAGGGGGAUGCAGAAGAGAAGUUGGCCCGGGUCACUAAGAAGCUCGGGGAAUUGGGUGAGCAAGCAGCAAAGGAGCAGGAGAGGCUGCAACUUGACAUCUCCACGCUCAGGCAGGAGAACCAAGGCCUGACAGAGAAACUAAAGGAGACUCAAGUAUGUGUUGCCGCUGUUUCCAGCCUGCAAACACAGCUGGAGGUGGCAGCGAAACAGGCCCAACGCUCCCAAGAGACCAGCGAAGAAGAGCUGUCUGCAAUAAAAUUUCAAAUGAGCACAGAGAUUAUAAAUUAUCAGACAAAAUUCAAGGCUGUCAGUGAAGAAUGCGAGAAAGUAAAAGAGCAGCUUGAGGAGCAGAAACGACAGCUGUGUGCUGCAGAGGAAGAGAUUGCAGAGCUUCACGCUGUAAACACUGAUCUGUCUAGCAAACUGGAGCGUGCAACAGAGCAAUUGACUGAAUAUGAAUCCACCAGGUUAAAAAAAGACGAGGAGGUGAUGUCACUGAAAAAACACUUGGAGAGGACCCAAAAGGAAGUUGACAAAGCGAAUGAGCAAGUCAAAGAGUACGGUGACAAACUCAACAAGGCGACAGCAGACAGAGACAGCAAUGAUCAGAAGUUGUUGGCCGAGCUAGACGAUCUAACUAGAACAAAGCAAUUCCUCGAAGAACGUUUGAUAGAACUUCUCAGGGAUAAGGAUGCCCUUUGGCAGAAAUCAGAUGCACUGGAAUUUCAGCAGAAGCUCUGUGAAGAGCAAAGAUGGCUCGGUGACACAGAAGUAAAUCAUUGCCUGAGCUGUCAGCGAGAGUUUACUUGGAUGAUGCGCCGACAUCACUGCAGACUGUGCGGUCGCAUUUUCUGCUAUUACUGCUGUAACAACUACAUGAUGACCAAACACAGUGGCAAGAAGGAGCGUUGCUGUAGAGCUUGCUUCAAUAAACCUAGGGUGAUCGUGGAUUACACGGAUGACUUUGGAUCCCGUGCCAGCCAAGAAGAACCACCAGCUCUGCUAAAUUCACCAGUGUCUCCGACCCAGGAAGGUACAGUUACAAAUGAAACCUCCAAACCACCAGAUGAUGCAGUGUUUGAUAUAAUCACAGAUGAGGAACUGUGCCAAGUGCAGGAAUCUGACUCUGUCCAUAACGAAAGUCAAGCUGAAGUAGAGGCUCUGGACCAGAGUGACACAGAUCUAAACAGCACAUAUAAUUCUUCGACCUUGGAUGACUCAGAAGAAUUGCAAGUGGCCCAAGAUGCUGAGAUAUGUUUGCUGAAGUCAGGAGAACUGAUGAUAAAAUUACCCCUUACAGUUGAAGAGAUUUUAAAUUUUGGGGAAGACAACAGGGAGCUGUUCAUUAAGUCCAGCACCUACAGCACCAUCCCUAUAACCGUGACAGAGACUGGCCUUACAAUCAGCUGGGUGUUUUCAUCAGACCCAAAGAGCAUAGCAUUCAGCGUUGUCUACCAAGAAUCAGAAGAAGCAAUGCUGGAUCAGUGCAAAGUACUCAUUCCUAUGACCCGCUGCAACUCUCAUAAGGAAACUAUCAGAGGACAGGUGAAAGCGAGAAACUGUGGUAUCUACAUACUGAUAUUUGACAACACCUUCUCUAGGUUUAUCUCGAAAAAAGUAUUUUAUCACUUGACUGUUGAACAACCUGUGAUCUAUGAUGGAAGUGAUUUUCCAUAGCCUUGAAUAUAUGGUGUCCUUUUUUAAUUAUAUUUUUAAGAAACACUAUUAUUUAUAUGUAUGUAAGCACUAAAAAGAUUGUUGUUUGAACACCUCCUUAAGCUAUGCAGUAGUUACAAAACAAAGCACUUACAGUGUGUUUACACAAAAGAAAGAAACCCUUCACAGGAACACUAAUGGCUCGGUACUGUGUAGAGAUUGCUCAAAAGCCAUGUUGUUUUGUAGAACUGGUCAAAAAAAAAUGUCUUCAACCUUUUUUCAAUGAAAAUUUGGUUUUUGACCAAAUUAAAAUUUUUGAUGUUUUUGUCAAAGAAAACAAAAAAUAGUUGGCUGAAAACUGAAAAAUAUUAUUUUGUUGAAAAGCUUAUAUUUUUUUCUUGGAAAAUUUUGAUAAAAAUAAAAAUAAAAAAUUGAAAUUUUCAGUUGGGGGAAAAAACAUUUUCUGACCAGCUCAUAAUUAUAAAAAACUAUAAAAAAAAUGCAACUAUGCAAAACUCUAGACAUUACAGAUAUGUAUCGUUAAAGGAUCAUUAUUAUCUUUUUCAGACUUAUAAGCAAUAUACUUUUUAGAUAUUUAGUUUUGGUUUAAAAUGUCUAACUGGGUUUUAAAAAACACUCUGACAUUUAAUGUCAAUUACAAAAAAAAAAAUGCUGCAACAGUUGUAAAAUUAAGGAUUAUUUCUUCCAGUCUUGAUCGCUCUUCUCUGUAAGUAGAGCCACUGAAAUCAAUGGGAGUUCUUGCAGAGUCAGGUACAGCGGCGGCUCCAUGCACCAGCGCUCCAAGCGCGUGCCUGGGGCAGCAAGCCGUGGGGGGCGCUCUGCUGGUCCCUGCGAGUGCGGCAGUCAGGGAGCCUUCGGCGGCAUGCCUGCGGGAGGUCUGCCGGUCCCACGGAUUCGGCAGCAAUUCAGCGGCGGGUACGCCAAAGCCGCGGGACUGGCGGACCUCCCGCAGGCAUGCCGCUGAAGGCAGCCUGCCUGCCGUGCCUGUGGCGGCAAAAAAGCUAGAGCCGCCCCUGGUCAGGUACCUCUCUAAGUAACUUACAGUGGCAGAAUCUGGUGUAUAAUUGGCAGAAAAAAUCAGCAGCUCUAAUGUGUGACACUAAAGAAAGGGAAACAGGCAUGUUUCUUUUUUCUGCUUUGGCUUCUUUUAAGCCACAGUAAUCGCACAAAAAUAAAAACUCGAAGGAUACAAAUGACGAGAAUGGUUCCUUUUUAUAGACUGAGUGGAAGGUAGCAAUUGUUGAGCCUCAUCAGAUUUGAUCCAGUCUAGAUAAGUCCACCCAAAACUGGAUGCAUAUCCAAACCUAGUGAGGUCCUCCUCCUUCUCCCCUGUCCUCCUAUCCUUCUCUCUCCUGCUUACCAGUUCAGCCAGGUCACUUUCCUUUGUCCUUCCCCUUAUUCCUGCUUCCUCUACCCCAGUCUACCUCUUCCUCUGCUCCUUCCCUUCAAGUACAAAUGAUUUCCUCCCCAUUUCCUGGCUAAAUCUGGUGACUCCUAUUACCAUUCUCCAUUGUCCAUCCAGCCCUCAUGCUUCACUUUCUCCAUAGCCUCUCCCCUAUAUUUAUCUCCCCAGAAUAAACCAGUGGUUUGCAGUCUCUGCUGGGCCCAGAGUGGCUCCUGGAUUCAAAUCUUGUGCACUCAUGAGCCAGACUGGUUAAAAGUUUUCAAUCAAAACUGGUUUUGGUGGGAUUUUUUUUUUUAUUUUAAACAAAAAUCUCCAUAGAAAGUGUCUGCUUUCUGCACAAAAUUUGAGGGGUUAUUUGUGUUUUUGAGAGGUUUUUUUUGAAUAAAAACUAGAAAAACAAAAGAUUUUGGGGUCUCAGUUGAAAAGUGCUCAGUUUAUCAACAGAAAGUUGAACUUUUUUUUUUAAGCGGGGGAUGGACAUUUUCCAACCAGAUCUCCUCAUGGGUCAGAGAUAUCUCAGAAUGGACUGGAUAUCCCUCACCGAAGGAGCAUGGGGAGCGUGGGACCAUAAGAGAUUUCAAUGCAGCAAUUGGUGAAAGCCCAGCAGAACCUGCCAGGAAUCUGACAGCUCCCUUAUGGGAAUAGCAGCUGAUGUAGGGGGCCCUGUGCGGAGUUAGAGGAGGGAAAAGAAACCUGGGGUUGGGAACAGAAAAUAGUGGGAGUUUCCAAGUCUAGGCUGAAGGAUCUGGCUGGUUGACUGUAGAGGACUUGGAAGGGGGAGAAGCAGGAGACAAAUUUGGGUACAAAAGAGCAUUGGAUGGAGGUGUGAGGGCUCUUUAUCAAAGGUUCAGUUCAGUUUGGAAGAAGGAUUGAGGUUCAAAUGGGUGUGUGUAUUUUUCUGGUCCCGUACCUCAGCCCUAAUGGAUUCUAUUUGAUGGGGAUAGCACUAUUGCUGUGAAGGCACAGAUUGUUCAUGUUGAUUGUAAGCACUGAGGUUCUGGUCACUUAACCAAUAAUGAUAAAAGCACAGGACAUUUCCUGGGGAUCAAUGAUCAUCUGAAAGGAGAGGAAUCCGUGUCCCAAGGUACAGCUGAAGGCCAGUAAUCCCUAUUGCUGAGGUCAUUGUUGCUAUUGUAAAGGGCAAUGAAAGGGGAUGGAUGUUGUUUAUGGGCGAUGCACUUUUUAAUUGGUCAGUAUAGGGUAUUUUUAGACCAUAAAUGCCCUCGCUAUGCCCCCAAUCCAAAGCCCACUGAAAUAAAUGUAAAUCCUCUCAUUGAGUUCAACAGGCUUUGGAUUGGGCCCUAUGUUAACCUGCCAGGAUUUUGACUCAUCUCGAGACAUUCCAUUGAGUUGACAAUCCAGUUCGUCUUUCUUAUUAUAUCAGUACUACAUGUAAACUGCCGUGGGAAGAUGUGUCAAAGAAAGAUGCAGGGUCCUUUUCUUUGUAGGAACAGAGAGGUCAGAGACCAUCACAACUAAGCUCUAUACUGCUGCAAAUACAAUUAAAUUUAAAAGAUUCUAAUCAAGAUGGAAAUGAGAUUAAAGUGAGUAGCACAUAAGCAAUAAACAAAUUGUGCACUGGCCCCAAUUUCAUUAUUUACCAGCAUAUUAUUUUAGUGCUGAGGUUAUGUUUUAUUCUUAUUUAGGCAAUGAGAGUUUAUUUAAUGUUUAAAAGUAGAAUACUAUGUACCAUACACUAUGCAAUAUAAUGGCUGUUUCCUGAAGUCUACUGCAAUUUUCCUUAAACUUUUAGGUGUGAUUUUAAAAGCAUUUUGCUACUGUUUAGCUAGAAUACUAAUUUCACUAAGAUAUUUUUCUUAAAAUGCCAAACUUAAGUUAAAGGGACACUGUCAAGUGUUAGGCCAAGCUGCGAUCUAUAAUAUAUUAUAAAUAAUCUGGUGAAGGGUGGCCUCUGGAUUUACUUUUUUUACUUUACUCUCUGUCUCUUUUUUUAAAUCUAUCACUCUGUUGCAAAGAUUUUUUUUUAAAUGAGCUGUUCAUGUAGGGCCCAGAGUAGCUCUGCUUCUGCAAAAAAAAGUAUUGCAACCUCAAAUAUUUAAAAACAUGAAUCUGCCCCGCCACCCACAAAUUUUGAGAGAUUUAUAUGCCGAUCAUGAGAUUUUUUUAAAUAAUAAAUGUUGGACUUUUUAUUUACCUUUUUCGCUUUUAAGUAUUUAGGUUGCAUUUGCAUCACAUUUUCAAACUUUUCUCUGCAAGCAUCAGGGGUAGAAACUUACUUAUUGAAAAAGGAACAUUGAGAUACUCCUGCAACACUAGGACUCCAGCAGCUGGGGCUUAGUGAAAAACACUAAAAACUGUAAGUGUUGGCAACAGUGAAAAACAGCAAUCCAGCAUCAAAAGCAACGUUUAUUAACAGAACUCUCUUAUCAGAGCUGUGCUGAGGUUGUCAAUAAAGCUCUUAACACAAACAUGGUAAGAAAUUUAGCAGUUGCACGACAUCAGAAAUGCAGAGUUUUCUUUUGUUUUUUUUAAAUGUUUUCCAAUUGAAAAAGUUGAAAAAAGCCAAUAUCCCAGAGCUUCACUCUAUGGGCUGUUAUGCUGACUGGGGAGCAGUUGAGUAUGCCCUGUGCUCUGGCCACAUCCCGCACAUCAAAUGGAGAUGUGGCUAAGAGGAGGUGGCAGCUCCACAAAAGCCACCUGGGCAAUCCCCAGUGCUCCAGUAGGGUGGCUUUGGAGCCCCUCUGAUCUCUGGAGCGCUGCAGAGGCAAAAAAACAACAACGCUGUUUUCAAGCCAAUACAAGGGUUUUACAAAUAACGUAUUUAGAAACAGGAGAUUUGUACUGUUAAAGUUCGAUUAAAUAUUCCUAAUUAAUGUUUAUGGUGCCGUUUAAACUGAACCGGAAUCCAACCAUGCAAUCCAAAAGACUGGAGUGUUGCUACAUAUCAGGCCAAGGUGCUGUGCAAAGAGGAUAGUGACAACCUGUUAACCUACCUGGUUUUCCAUUCGUACAUUAAUAAAUGGAGGCAAAGCAGCCCCUGAUGGACUAUACAGCAAACAGAAAACAAAUAGUCCAGAAGGAUGGUACAAGAACAGCCAUCAGUCAAGUGUCAUAAGCCGCAAUUCAACAAAGUAUUUACGCACAUGCUUAACUUUGUAGUUACUGGGAUGGCUCGUGUACUUAAAGAGAACCACAUGCUCAUGUGCUUUGCUGAAAUUAGUCUUUUAAGAACUGAUGAUCAGCAGCAAUGGAAAUAAGACAAAAGACACAUUUUACUCUGUAAUUAAAUGAAAUUAAAAGUGAGUGGUAAUUUUGUUACACAGACAGUACACAUUAUAGCACAGCAGAAGCCAAUUACCCAACAUCGCAAUGCCCAUUACUAGGCUCAAGGAUUUACACAUAUUUAAGUGCAGUAACAGUAAUGUGCAGUCAGGUGUUUUUUUCGGGGAGUCAGAGGAUGUGGCUAAUGAUUCUCUCCCACCAGAGUUUUCUCUGCAUAGGGUAGAAUUUACUUCUUGUUUUUUCUCUUUUUGUUUUUUCAUUGCUUGACAGUGUUCCUUUACAUUUCUAUAAGUGGUUCAUGAAAACUUACUGACAUGUAUUGCAUAAAAAGAGUUUCCAGCUUUGUAAAAUGCUGAAGAUGUAAAGCUGCAAUACGUGACUUUGCUCGGUUUUGUUUUAAAAUUGAACUUGCACUAUAGUUUUAAUAAUGCUCAAUGAAACUUACUGUAACUUCUUCAGAAAUACCUUUUGGUCAUAACUGCCAAAGAAUUGCACAGUGGAUUUGCACCAAGUUCAACUUAACUUUCACAGAGGAAUAAAGCUUUUUUGAAUAUUCAAGUCUGUACAUUUAUGGGGAUGUAGACGGCUUUGUACUGGAAUAUUUCUUGAUGCUUUUUAUUUUUACUCAGGAAUUCAAUAAAUAAAAUUCUAUAUCAUUUA